AUAUUUACUGUGUAUUUUUUUACCAACCCUCAUCUUCUUCUUCUUCCUCUACACAACACACUGUAUUCAUUCUUCGCUUCCUCUCCUCUGCUCCAUGUUUCGCAGGCUCCUCUAUUCCUCUGCCCCUCAUCUUCCAAUCCCACCAAAACCAACCAACCUCUACUCCUUCUCCCUCCCCAUUCUCAACUCCACCACCCACAACCGCUCCUUCCACACCACCGCCAAACUCCUCUCCUCAAUGGGCGACGCCCGGAGACCAUUAUCAGUCCCCAUCCCGACCGUCGACAAAGCCGACCGCUCCGAGCUCCUCCGCGCUCUCGAAGCCUCCCUCGGCUCCUCCUUCAGCUCGGAGCCUUUCUCUCCCAACCCCAACCCUCUUGUCAUCGUCAUCAGCGGCCCCAGCGGCGUCGGCAAAGACGCCGUCAUUUCCCGCCUCCGUGACGCCCGCCGUGGCCUCCACUUCGUCGUCACCGCCACCAGCCGCGCUAAACGCCCCGGCGAGGUUGAUGGGCAGGACUACUUCUUCGUCUCCAAGGAGGAGUUUCUGGGGAUGGUGGAGAAGGACGAGCUUCUGGAGUACGCGCUGGUGUAUGGUGACUACAAAGGGGUGCCGAAGCAGCAGAUCCGGGAGUACAUGGCAAAGGGGUGUGAUGUGGUUCUGAGGGUGGAUAUUCAGGGUGCUCACACGCUGAGGAAGGUGCUGGGGAAGUCGGCGGUGUUUGUGUUUUUGGUGGCGGAGAGUGAGAUGGCGAUGGUGGAGAGGCUGGUGGAGAGGAACACGGAGACGGCGGAGUCGUUGCUGGUGAGGAUUAGCACGGCGAGGGAGGAGAUGAAGCAUGUGAAGAAUUUUGAUUAUGUGGUGGUGAAUGCCAAGGGGAAGCUUGAGAAUGCUGUGAAGUUGGUGGACUCUAUCAUUGAUGCUGAGAAAGCUAAGGUCCGUCAAAGGACGCUUGUUUUAUAGUCUGCAUCAGUUUUUCUUCAAUCUUCUUGAUUUUAUGACAGCUAAUUAGCUGGGGAUGCUAGUAUAACUCCAUUCUGAAGGCUCUGUGUUUUGCCAAUUACAAACUUGGUACUUCCGUUGUUCCUUUCAUACAAUUGGUAUCAUCAUGCGCAUACUGUUAAUGUCUGUGGUGAUUCUUCCAGUACUCAUGCUGCUACAACAUUGAAGUUUUUACUAGGUUGAUAGAAGUUUUAAUUGCAACUUGUAAGUUGUUAUACAAUUUGUUAAAUUUAUUUGUUAAUCUGGUAGGAAAUAUUUAUGUAGGUAGCAUAUUGAAUUUAGUGAGUGAAACUGAAAAGUGAAAACAGUGAACUGAACUGUGACACAGAAAGCCUUUAUAGUUUAUACCUCAUGUUAUUCUUCUA